AUGCUCAAGCUGCUGUUCUGUCGGCUCCUGAGCGGACAGGCGGCCGAAGCCGUCACAGCGGAGCAGGGCCUCAUCGAGAGCUGCCAUGAAGAAGGUGGACACUGCCUGCAGGGCUCUCGCGUGUCGCAGCGCCCGGAGCUGUCGCCGGUGUCCAAGGUAACGGUGGUGUUGAAUCACUGGCAGCGCCCGGCAGCCAAUCUCCAAGGGCAGCUGAGAGCUUCCACCGCCUCCGCCGCAGUGCUGGAAGUCUGGGUUUGCCUUUUCGGUUCCUCCCAAGCGGAGGAGUACCAGGCUGUGGUGGAGGACUUCCGGUCAGAAGGCACCGAAGCGAAGGUGAAGCUCAUCCGGAGCGAGGUGGACUUCGGGGUCUACGGCCGCUUCUUCCUGGCGGCCUUCGCGAAGACGAAGUAUGUCUAUGUGGUGGAUGAUGACGUGGCCUUUCCCGUGACCGCGGUGGACCAAUACUUGCGGCACAUGCAGAAGCAGCCAGGAGUUUGGGGCCAUGCAGGCCACGUGCGCAGCACCAAGCCCGACUCGGCGAGGUGGAUCGACCGCCCAAAGAAGCCCACGGUUGUGGACUAUGCCAACGCCGCAUGGUUUCUCGAGGUUGACUGGAUCACGGGCGCCUUCUUGCGGGAGAAAGCCUUUUCUUUCCUGACUGGGGAGGAUAUGCACCUGAGCUAUAUGGUCAAGAAGAUUCUAGGACUGGAAACACGGGUGGUUGGAUGGCGCCGAGACAAGCACCCUUUCAGCCGCUACCGCCUGGGCAUGGUUGACCAGACCACCUUGACGGCGCCCAUAUUUUCCUUCAGAUCCUUCCUCGUGCGCGCGCAGAUGGGGAGAGGUCCAGUGAUGAGGCGCAGUCCCAUCGACACUUUGGCGUAUGUGGACACCCCGCAAGAGGCCCAGACCCUGUGCUGUGAGGACCGUUGUGGAGCCCAACCUGGCUGCACCAUGCUGCUCUUCUCAGGCCUGCAAGACCGCCGAGGUUUGCAAGACAUGGAGGCGGUCGGCCGGGCGCUGUGUCCAGGCUUUACGCCCUACGAGAUGUGUGGGGAGGUGUGUGCGGAGAUGGGCUUCGCCGGAGUGAGCUCGCUGAACCUGCGCGCCUCGGAUGUGGCUGGUUGUGACCUGGUGCCAUCCCGCUGGUGGCUUUCUGUCUAA